GAGCAGCCGGGGGGAGGAGCCAGAGACGGUGGAGCAGCGGCAGCAUUGUCUGAGAAAGUGAACGCGUCUCCAGCGUGGCACCGAGGAGAAGAGGAAGAAGAAGAAGAAGAGGAGGAGAAGCGGCUGAUCUUAACAGGACAAAACCCCAAUCCGUCCACCAACAGACAGCGGGGGAGUCGUAUGCUAACCCGCCUGAGGAUCUAACCCCGUCACACCGCAGAGAAACAGCGGGAUUUAUUUUCUCCACGGGCCCGGAUACAGCGGGAUAUCGAUACAGAGCCUCAACUCGGGUCCUUUCGUCCUGACAUGGACACAGGAAUUGUACCCGAAAAGAAAAGAGUGAGCUCGGAGCGGAGGAAGGAGAAGUCCAGGGAUGCGGCGCGAAGCCGGCGCGGGAAGGAGUCGGAGGUGUUCUACGAGCUGGCCCAGCAGCUGCCCCUGCCCCACAGCGUCAGCUCCAGCCUGGACAAGGCCUCCAUCAUGAGGCUCACCAUCAGCUAUCUGCGCAUGAGGAAGCUUCUCACCUCUGAUGAGCCAGUGGCAGAAGAGGAAACAGAGCUGGAUAUCCAGCUAAACAGCUCCUACCUUAAGGCUCUGGAUGGCUUCCUCAUUGUGCUGUCUGAAGAUGGAGAUAUCAUUUAUCUCACUGAGAAUGUCAACAAAUGCCUCGGGCUGGCACAGUUUGACCUGACUGGACACAGCGUGUUCGACUUCACACAUCCCUGUGACCAGGACGAGCUGCGGGAGAUGCUCAUCCACAGAACAGGCUCCAAAAAGACCAAGGAGUCAAACACAGAGCGCAGCUUCUUCCUUCGAAUGAAAUGCACUCUGACGAGCAGGGGCCGCACUGUCAACGUCAAGUCAGCUACAUGGAAGGUUCUCCACUGCUCAGGUCAUGUUCGUGUUUAUGACACCAGCACUGAACAGACUUCUAACGGACUCAAGGAGCCACCUGUCCCCUACCUGGUUUUGAUCUGUGACCCCGUCCCCCACCCCUCCAACAUCGAGGUCCCCCUGGACACCAAGACCUUUCUCAGCCGCCACACGAUGGACAUGAAGUUCACGUAUUGUGAUGAGAGGAUCACUGAGCUCAUGGGUUAUGAUCCAGAGGACCUUUUGAAUCGUUCUGUGUACGAGUACUAUCACGCUCUGGACUCUGACCAUCUCACCAAGACUCACCAUAACUUGUUUGCAAAGGGCCAGGUCAGCACAGGACAAUACCGGAUGUUAGCUAAGAGAGGAGGCUUUGUGUGGGUGGAAACCCAAGCCACUGUCAUCUACAACAACAAGAACUCCCAACCACAGUGUGUUGUCUGUCUCAACUUUGUGCUCAGUGGUAUCCAGGAGGAGAAACUGAUCUUGUCUCUGGAGCAGACCGAGGAUGUGAUGCUUGUGAAGAAGGAGCAGAAGCGGCAGGAGGCGGAAGAAAAGGUUCUAGUGGAGAGCAGCCUGCCUGACAUGUCACCAACCCUGCUGAAGGAGGAGGAAGAAGAGCUCGAGGCGGCGGCAGAGGAGGAGGAGGAGGAGGAGGAGAUGGAGAUGGAGAUGGAGGAGGAGGCAGCGGUGGAGGAGGAGGAGGAGGAGGAGGAGGCGGCGGUGGAGGAGGAGGAGGAGGAGGAAGAGGAGGAAGAAGCGGAGAAAGGCCCAGAGCUGGAUGUGAUCAAACUCUUCACCCAGGCGUCCAAGGCCCGGCCACUGGCGAGCCUGUACGACCAGCUGAAGGAAAAGCCUGAGGCCCUCACCCUGCUGGCCCCGGCUGCUGGAGACACAAUCAUCUCCCUGGACUUUAGCUGCCCUGAUUCAGAGAUUAAGGACGUCCCUCUCUACAACGAUGUCAUGCUUCCCUCCUCGAGUGAGAAGCUGGCUCUGCCUCUCUCCCCCCUGCCGCCCAGCGAGCCUCUCAACACCAGAGGAGGAUUCAAAAGUGAGGAAUCUAAAGCUGAGAGCUAUCCUCCAGCUCCGUCCACUACAAUAACCUGCCACAGCUCCUCAGAGGUCAGACUCAGUGAACUGCAGUCAUUUUACAUUAUAAACUCUAAAUGUUUUGCCCAUUUAUUAAUAUGCACUGAGACGUUAAUGACCUUUGACAUCUCUUCUCUUCAGGCUGACAGUCCAAUGGACUUCUGUUUCCCCAUGGACUCAGAUAUGAGCUCAGACUUCAAACUCGACUUGGUGGAGAGGCUUUUUGCCAUUGACACAGAGCCCAAGACCCCCUUCAACACCCAGGCGAUGGAAGACUUGGAUCUGGAGAUGUUAGCGCCCUACAUCCCCAUGGACGAUGACUUCCAGCUGCGCAGUCUGACCCCAGAAGAGCCUCUGACCUGUGGACAAGUCAAAUCCCUCAAGAGUUCUCCAGUCCAAGUCACACAGGAAGUGGACAGCUACCCCAGCUCCCCCUUCAGCGCAGUAGGAAGUAGCACAGCUUCCCCGGCACCACUUGGGCCUGUAAUCGUUGCUCAUCUCGCCACCAUCAUCGCUAAGAGGACCCCACAGUUGGACAAAGAAGUCUCACUCAGGACUCUGGCGGCUCAGAACGCACAGCGCAAAAGAAAACUGGGAGACCUAAAGGACAUGAUUGGACAAGGAAAUUUGCUGGAGGAACAACUGGUGCAGGGCAAAAAGCUGAAAGCCUCAGAGUCAGGAACAACCACCCCCGUUCUCCUGCUGUCUUCAGACUUGGCUUCUUGUCUGCUGGGCAGCACGUCAGAGGCCACCAGUCCUCUCUUCAGCCUGCCGCAGCUCACCCGCUACGACUGCGAGGUCAACGCCCCCCUGCAGGGCCGUCAGUACCUGCUGCAGGGGGAGGAGCUGCUGCACGCACUGGACCACGUCAACUGAGUCGCUGCUUAGCCUGCUCACUGCUGGACUAGACUGGACACUACAAUUUUCUCCCUCACACCGCCACUCUCUUUCCAAGAACCCCCCCGCCCUACCCGUACCUGCCUAACCCACUCCCCCUUAUUUAAGUAUCUAUAUGAGUUUGAAUCUAGUUUUGGCUGCUGUUUGUGCACAUCAUGUGAUAUCCGCAGCAUUCCACCGUGACAAACACCAUAGCAGCAUCUGGGUUUUGGUGCAAGGGAUUCAGGCAUCAUGAGAUGUCCACUCGUUUUUUUUGUUUUUGUUUUUUGCUCUACCGGGGAGUCUCUCAGCACACAGCGCCUCGACAGGUGACCCUUUUCCAGCAGGUCUCCACAGAACCUGGCGCUACUGCCAGCAGUGUAUUGUAAGCUUCAGUCGCACAAUUUAUAUUUUCUUAAAAAGAAAAAUAUUACCAGCAAUAUAUAUUAAGUCUUUUUAAAGUAGUUUUAAUGGGAUUUGAACAAUUUUAUUUUUUUCUUCCCAUACUUGUAUGUUGUAGUACUUGUACUUACAAAGAUGUCCUUAGUCGAAAAAGUAUGAAAAUAUUGUUUGAAUGUUAUCUUCAUUUAAUAGCUGAGUCUUUGAGGUAAAUACUUUUAAUUGUGUAGCAGUCCAGUACAUGUCACUUUAUUACUUUACUGUAAGUGUGUGUUACUGUACAUAUACCAGGGACAUUUUAAUCUGCUCAGAGUGGCUUCACAGCUUCAAAAACAGUUUUCACUUUUUCUUUUUACUUCUCUUUAUGGAGGAUAAUUUCUUUUCUCUCAACAUGGAGCAACUUCAUGUUUUUGGUUUUUACUGUGCGUGACACAUUCAAACUGUCUUUUAAUCAAGUGGAAUCUCCGCAAUUCACAAUUUUACUUAUGUGAUCAUUGUCGUCAUGGCAUCGGUGAGUUGUUGGACUUAUUUGCUCAGUUAAUGGUAGUCAGUUUAAGACCAUUGCUCCAUGACAUACUGUCGUCUCAUGCUCCUUGUUGCUGUCAAACAUUAAAUGGCUUUAAUAAAGUA